GAAGGAAGGAUAUAUAGAAAGUUUUGCCCUUUAUUGAGGGUGUCGGGGGUGCGCUGAGUAAAGAAUUAGUUUUAUAACAUUGGAGGCGGCGAGCGUACGUAUUAAACAAUGUUAAUAACGCCUGGGUAAGAUAGCGUAAACGGGAGAUUUGAUAUAACUGCUGGAAGUCGUGGUGUUUUGAACGACAAUAACCUGUUUGGCUUGAUUUGAAUACCAAGUUGACAGUGAACAUAGUUUGCUGCGUUCAUGAGUAACAACAAUGAGCAAAAUGGCCGUCAGCCGCCUUUGCCGCAACAGUCGGCACCAUCAGUAGCUCCAACAGACCCACGGCUUAGAAAUGCCUCGUCGACGGAUCCACAAAACAAGAGAUGCCGCAACUUCGUCUGGGGUAUCUGCAACAAAGGAGCUCAAUGUAGAUUCCGUCAUGAAUUAGAUGUGGAAUACAUGAAAGAAAUCCUAAAGUUCUGUCACGAUUACCAGAACAGGACAGGGUGUAUGAGGCCAGAUUGUACGUAUUUGCAUACUUCCAGAGAGGAGGAGAACCUUUUUCUGACUACAGGGCAGUUACCAAGAGUAUUGGCUGAAAGAUAUGCAGCGAUGUCUUCCGCCCCCACAAACAUGUAUAUGAGCGAGUACAUGGUGCAAGCACCGCCACCACCUCCUCCGCCGCCGCCGCCUCCACCGAGCUCAGCGGCGCCUCCGCCGCCGCCGGCAGUCGCGGCGCCGCCGCCUCCACCCCCAGCACCGCUGCCGCCGUUACUGGCGCCGCCACCUCCACCGCCGCCGCCCACUGCUGCCGCUGCGCCUGUUCGCAUGACUCCACCCAUAUUUUCAGCUCCACCUCCCUUCCACACAACCGCUUUGUUUUCUGCAACACAGCCACCACCACCUCUACCUGCCAUGUUUGAUGCAAGUAGACCUCCUCCUCCACUGCCAACAAACAUAGCUCCAAACAAAACCGGUGCAUUGAAGCGUGCUGCCGAGCCUGCAGAGGCCGGGCCAAGCAAAGCGAGGAAAGCGGAGUGCUCCAAUGUAGUUGACAGCAUCUGCGAAAACUGUAUCCAGCGGGAACUCAGGAUCGAGCUGUACCGACAGGAAAUGCAAAAGUUGGAGUGCGAGAGGGAAUAUCAAACAUAUAGGUGUGAAAAGUCUCUGGAAGAACUUGAAAAUGAGCGUUUGUUUUUGAAGUCAAUGGUCAGUCCGGAAUUGUUUCGCAUAUUGGAUGAUUAUAUAGAGGGGUCGUCUCAACAGGCACAAGCACAGGAUCCACUUUCCCAGUUCAGCCAAGCUGCAUCGUUCGUUUCUGGUACAUCUACCGUGCCGAAACAGUUCCUACUUCAGCUGAUGGAUUACGUGUUCAGUAACCAAAGAAACGUGGUGGAGCCCGCGCCUGCACCUACUACAGGAGUGGAAGAGUCGCUGUUGCACUCCCUGACUGCACUGACCAGGAGGUCCAAUCCUGUCACUCAUUCAUCUACGGAAGUACUACAAGCCGUUUUGGAAGUUAUUCGGAAAUCUAACGCGCUGAAUACGGAAAAAACUCAAGCAAACGAAUCUCGCGCAAAAGAUACAGCAGCGGCAGAUCGGAGUAGACCGAGCACUAGUAACGUAAACAACAGCGCACCGAACGGGUUCAACCAUUUCGUGAACGGGCACAAAGGGGAGGCUGCGGCCCCAGCGGGCGUCCCGAGUGCCAGCAGAUACCCGAGCACGACGAGUGUGGCGGUGCGGACGUACCCCAGCGUGUCGGCGGGCGGCGCGGCUCAUCAGUCGACGCCGCCGCACGCGUCCGGCGUGACGCACCCCGCGCCGGCGCCGCUCCCGCCGAGUGCGGCGCCGCCUCCCUCCGCCGCGCCGCAUCCCCCGGCGGUCCGCGCCGCGCCCGCCUAUGUGCCUUACCAAGCGGCCGUCCCGCCGCCACCCACUCGCGGCUACUAUCCGCAGCCGUACCCGACACCCUCGAACCAUGUACCGAACGUUCAGCAGACGUACCCGAACUCUCCCAUUCGAGUGGGUGUAACUCCAGCACCUUCGCGGCCCUCCACCUCGGCGACGGCACCGCCCGUGCAAAGCGCACAACAUUAUAAUCCGUAUGUUAUGGGCAGAUACCCUCCUCAGCCGCAUCACUAUCCCCCAUUCCAAUAAAUCUGACGAGGUGUAUGUCCCGCUUAGCCGUAUCAAUAAGGAAUAUGAACGCUUGUGAUACGUGAAGUGAAAUGGACACUCUUUUAGUAAUAAGGUCUAUUUGUAAUUUUAAAGAUUAUAAGGUGUGAACAAUUAGAGGGCGUAGUUCCUUGCUGAGAUGCAAAAUGAACUCUUCUGUAAAGUACAUAAUCUAAAUAAGUUCCGAGAUAUGAAUUACGAUGGGGGUAAGUUAAAGGCAAAGCUGCCUCAGGGAUAUUAUUAUAUAUUAUUACCUUUUGCAAGUUAUAGAUCUAUACCAUUUAUACGUAAUGAUAGCAGGUGUUGUUACAAAAAAGGUUAAACAGGCGUUUGAUACGUGUUCAAAACAAUUUUUUUGAUAAUUUCAAACAAGUGAUAAACGCCUGUCUAACUUUUCUGUAACGGUACCAAAAUAUUUUAAGAAUUUUAACUUCCAAGAAUGCCUCAUGUUUUUUUAUUAAAUUUUUUGAUAUCUGUGCUGUGUUUAAAAAUUUACAUAGAUAUUGUCGAAUGUAGUUAUUUAAUCACUUUAUUUCUCAAACAUAAUUGCUUCAAUAGAUUCCUAGAUUCAGUGUGAAUCAAACAAAUAAAAUGUAUUAUGAUACCCAAACA